CGGUGGACAUAGAAAGGUUGGGAACCAUUGCGUCAAGGAGGAAACCCUACAAAAUUCCGGAGUGGAGUCCCUAAGUUGGAUAGUAUCUUGCACGCCUCCUUCCCGUAACUCCUGAAGCCAUGCUGGUGCCAAAUGUAUUGCUGGGCUUCCCUUUGGACCACAUUGGCAAAUGUCUUCCAAACAGCUCACACCCUGUUGCAUAUAAGUGGGAAUUCUAGAGCAGCCUCUGUCCCUUUAUAAAUAACCUCUCCAAAGGAGAACUUGAUCGUUCAGAGUGAGCUGGAGCAACGACAAUGAAGAAGGCGUCUUAUCUUCUCUCCUUGUUGGGUGUGGCGAUCGUCUUCACACAGAUAGCUCAUUCGAUUAUUUGUUUCACUUGCGAAAGACAGACCUCUAAUUGGAAGUGCCUGGGAAUGACUGUUUGCCCUGACCAUGAAAAGAGAUGUCUAACAAUGGGAGAUGCUGACAAAACGGGUGACGACACCAAGGUUCUCAUCACCAAGAAGUGUGCCCAGGCAUGUCCCACUGAAAUCAACAAUUCAAGCAGCGGACCCAAGUCUCUCUUCUGCUGCGAAAACAACUGGUGCAACCUGUGGCCCCCGAAAUAAAAAGUGUCCGGUCCACGCUGAGUGGAAGGGCCAGUCUGAAAGGCCCUUGAAGGAAGCCGCUUUCUCUGGGCUCAGCUACUCUGUUCUGCAAAGAAAGUAUAACGAUCCAUUUUGUGAAAGCAUAUCCCUGCAACAAUUGUUAACAGUUAGGAAUUGCAAUUAUUAACCUACUACAUUUUGUAUCAACGAGUUUCAAAUUUUGUUAUGUUUGUCCAUGCAAAGUCUAUGUCAGGGUCUCUGGCUGUUUUUGGACUACAAUUCCCAUCAUCCCUGACCACUGGUCCUGCUAGCUAGGGAUGAUGGGAGUUGUAGUCCAGAAACAGCUGGACACCCAAGCUUGGGAAACCCUGGUGUAUGUCUAUAAGCGACCUGCUCUUACGCGGCAAGUCGUCAAUCCAUUGAAUAAAUGGAGCCGUGGAUUGUGGAUUCAUGAUGGUUUGUACUCAGUACACGGGUCUUUUCUUAUAGCGAAAAAUUCAUCUAGCGAAUCCCAUAGGAAUGCAUUGACUUUUUCUUUUAAAAAAAUGCCCAUAGGAACGCAUUAAUUGAAUUUCAAUGCAUUCCUAUGGGAAACUGCGAUUCGCCAGACGAAUCUUUCGUAAAACGCAUUCGUCUAACGAGGUAACCUCCGCUCAAAAAAUCCUUUCGUUAAGCGGAAAUUUCGUUAAGCAGGGCAUUCGUUAAGCGAGGCACCACUGUAAUGGUACCUGCCCGGAGGAGGGGGGGAGUGUUAUACAUUGUUAAAGGAAUUCUAAGGUCUUAAAUAUAGAAUAAAUGUUGAUCACUGUAAA